ACAUCCGGUCUGAAAGCGGGCUCGGAAGUCGUCAUAGUAGUCGUGGUAGUCACAGCCGGCACAGCGGCUCAGGGCGCAUGCGCAGAGCCACUUCUGCAGAUUAUCGGAUUGCCGUGAGGCGUGCGCUGGUUCGUGGUCUCGCGCACCUCCUUUGCCCCGCUGGUGGUUGUGCUGCAUUCAGAUACGCGACUGCAUUUCUGUGUGUUUUUGCGCUGCCCUGGGACUUCGUUUUGUAGCCGUGAUGACCUGCAGAGUUCGAGCCAACUGAUCCAGGCUAAAUAGAGUCGAAGAGACGGUGCCAGGAUGAACUCCCUGAGAAAGUGGUUUUAUAGACCCAAGAGGGAGGACACCUCGGCCCUGGCACAGUUCUACUGGGCUGACCAGGAACUCAAUUUGGUGGCUACCGAGCUUGACAGCUUUGAUGGCAGGAAAGACCCCGAUCGCUGUUCUGCCUUGGUCAACCAGCUCCGGGUCUGCCAAGACAGGGUCUUGGGCAUCUGCCACGAAAUUAUGGAUGAGGCCAUUCCGGACUCCCGUGCUGACCGCGAUUUCCGUGCCAAAUUUCCCGAUGACGUGCUGCAGGAGAACAUGUCGGGCUUGCUGUGGUUUGGUGCCGAGUGUCUUGCUGCCGGUUCGAAUAUUAUGAACAGGGAGAUAGAGAGCUCACAGAUGCGACCCUUGGCGAGGGCCCUUACGAGGUCUCUGGACAAUGUCAGGUGUCUUUUGCGUGAACAGUGCCUUCGGAACCCUCACGAAUACCCGGGAAAGGUUAAAGAAUCCCUUAAGACCUUCGAUAGGCUCUUUGCAGAAUUUGAAUUAAGUUACGUCAGUGCCAUGGUGCCUGUGAAAUCGGCUACGGAGUAUCAUUUGCAGCAGCAAGUUGUAGUGCUGUUUUCCGAAACACUGCAGAGGGCAAUCAAGGUGAAACUGGUACCUCAGGAGAUGGUUGACACAUAUGAUCCGGCACUUAUGUUCACUAUUCCGAGACUGGCAAUUGUUGCGGGCUUGUUAUUGUUCCCCGACGGGCCUUUGAAUGUUGACAGGGAUUUGUCUCGUCUUUCCGAGUUGUACCGGCCAUUCUUCAGUCUUCUGUGUAAAAUUCGGGAGCUGCUGUGGACCCUGUCGCGAGAAGAACUCUGGCUUCUCGAGAAGACUCUGUGCCAGCUGGAAGAGCCCAAGACUUCCCUAACAAACGAGCAGACAUCGCUUGGCACAGACGACUACGCCGUGCUCGACUCCGACAUCUACAUCAACCUCUUCUACCGCAACCACCAGAACUGCAAGCAGUUCAUCGAAGACUUCUACAACCACAAUUUUGCUGCUGCUUCGGACAGCGAGACCAUCCUGCCCUUGCAGAAGGGCAAAGGGAGCCCCCUGCUGCGGAAGUGCACACUGUCCGAGAAGACCCUCCUGUCUCCACUCCACAAGGCUUCGAGUGACGACGACAGCAGCAACUACGACUCAGACGACAGCGCUCUCUCCGAGAGCUGGUGGCCCCUCCUGAAUGACGUGCUGCAGGCCGGUGCGCCCAGGGAGGCUGCUCGCUCGUCAGAGCAGUCCGCAAUCCACUCGAGACUGCGGCGAACGUCGGGGCUGUCGACCGCGUCAGACCGGGCACCCGUGGUUCCGCAGGUUCGAAGGUUGCAGAGCGAGCAAGGCGGGAGUUCGCUGGGAUCUCCCUGCUCUAGCUGCAAGUCCCUCUCGAGCCUAUCCAUUUCGGAUUUCGAGUCUAUGAGCUACCAGAGCACAGACACCAGUUCCUACAAUUCGGAAUGUCAUGACGACGAGGAAAUAGCGCUGGCACUACAAGCCGUGGAGAUUGCUUUUCGUAACGAAGCCCGUUCGCGGUUCAAGAGCAGCGAGGACCUGAUUCACCGGCUCUUCGUAUGCAUAUCUGGUGUUGCUGAUCAGCUGCAAACUAAUUUUGCCAGUGAAAUGAGGAACAUCUUGAAGUGCGUGUUUGAGAUGAACAGCUCUGUCAGGCAGGAGUCGCCAUCUAGUGCUGUGGAAGCAGAGUCGCCAACGGAGCGGAGCUCCCUGUCCGAGUCGUCCGUCUUCUCGCUCCCAUUUCUGGACAUCGUGGAAAUGGAGGACUCCGGAGUGCGCCUUGGGUCGGGCAGGCGCUCUGUGGACAGUGCCGAGGAGGCUAUGCCGGACGAUCUCUCACUUGACCUGUCCCCCGAGUCUGGUGCCAGGAGUCCCCCGGUCUGGCUACCCGACGAGCUGACUGCCAGCUGCAUGGACUGCAGCGCACAUUUUACGCUACUGCGGCGCAGGCACCACUGUCGCAAAUGUGGAAAGAUCUUCUGCUCACGCUGCAGUUCCCAUUCGAUAUCACUGCCUCACUACGGCCACUCCAAGCCUGUGCGUGUCUGCAACGCCUGCUUCAUCUGCCAUGUGACAUCGGUGGUGGAAGAAAUAGUGAACAGCUGUUGAUCAAACGCUUGUGUGACAAGUGACAGGACAUGUACGAAAGGUGGUGAGGCAAAUGAGGCCUUUCCUUGUUCGGGAGGAACAAGCUUAUCAUAGCAUUCAGCAUGCAAGGAAGACAUGCACUACCAGAUUCUUCCAUCUGCCAAUGGACAGAAGACUGUCUGCCAAGCUUUUGUUCCCUGCGCUAGGAGGCGUAGCAAUGUUGUGUUUGAACGCCUUUCCAAGGGGAGGGUGGGUCGCCCCAGUUGCGGACAUUUUCUAGUCGGAAGACACCCGAUUAAAAAGGGUAGCGUUGCAGGUUUUGCGAGGUGGCCGUCAAAUCAGUUGUCUAGACUUUCAGUUGGGUGUUGAUUUUUGUGCCAAAGCUUUACAUUGCAUUCCUCUUGUAAGAAAGAAAGAAAUCACAAGGUUUGUCUGUUAAUAUUAUUUCACAAAGGUGCUUUAUUUUGCAUAUGCUGUGAAAAUGCUGUAUGACCCCUAACGAGUUCCAAUUUGAGCCUCUGUGGAAGCAUGUUUUGUAGAUGAUUCUAUUGACAUAAAAAACAUUUUAACCUACUUA